AUGUCAAACGUGGACAAUAUUACCGCUGAUGCAGCUGAUGGUGGAAACUACGAGAGUGAUCAUAUUUCGCCAUCUCUUUUCUUGUUUGCCAAGUACAUCACCAUAUACCUCCAACCCGUCAUAUUUACCGCGGGGCUUCUUGGCAAUUUCUUAUCCUUCUGUGUGUUCCUGUCAAAAGGAAUGAGGAAAAUCUCGUCAAACUUAUACCUUGCUGCACUCUCCGGGAGUAGUUUUGGUUUCAACGUGUUGCUUCUCUUCCAAUGGCUUGAGAUUGUUCACAUCCCCAUAAUUCAUAUGCAGGGCUUUUGUCAGGCUAUCGUCUAUCUUGGCUAUAUAUUCAGUUUCCUGUCUGUUUGGCUGAUUGUGUGUAUAACAGUGGAAACUUACAUCGUCACUUUCCAUUUAUCCAAGGCGGUCAUUUACUGCACGGUCUUUCGUGCUAAAGUUGUGAUUGGAAUCCUGAUUAUGUUUUCUGUGAUACUUUAUAGCGGACAACUCUGGACAACAAGUGUAAUGGAAGUAUUCGAAAACUACACAAUCUGUACUGAAGUUAACAAAUACGCACAGCUUAACAUAAUCUAUACGUUCUGGGAUACGAUAACCACAAUGAUUCUUCCGAUUAUAAUCAUUUCUGUUCUAAGUGUUGCUAUUCUCUCAAAAAUUUCCUUGGCACCCCCAAAGAAUAAUGGUAGUGACUAUUUAAUAUUGCAACGUCAAUCGAAGAAACAAAAAUGCCUUGUUAGGAUAACAAGAGUUCUCCUUGCCAUUUCGCUCACAUUUGUCAUUUUAAGUGGUCCUUCCCACGCCAAUAAACUGAGACACCUGAUUCUUACUGAGCUGAACGGUGCUCAAAGACCAUACACGUUAUCAGACCGAGUUCUCCAACAGGUCUUUCAAAUAAUAUCUUAUCUUAGUUCAUGCCUUAACAUAGUUAACCUUUUGAUUUGGUCACAAAAUUUCCGUAAAGAGAUCAGACGUCUAUUGUGUUUGAAACCUGGACGCUCAGAGAAGAAAUACCGAGUAAUGGAAAAUAGGAGUAGGACGAAGUGUAACAAUGAACAGAAACAUAUGGAAAACGGUGCACAGAAUGGACGUCAGACGAUUGUUGACAAGUCAACAAACCCCACAAUACAGAUAACAGAGCUUUAA